UCCUUUUGUGGCAGUCAUUUACUCACAUCGGUUUUUAGGGAUGCACCGAGCCCCCAAAUUCCCAAUCUUGUGUUCCAUGUGACAGGAUGCGGAUCGAAUGCAUUGCUUGCCCGAUGACAAUUUCCAGUGAGGUCAAGAGAUCGGCUAGGGCCCGGGAGUGUUUACGUGAGGUUAAAAGGCUGGCAGAACCUGGGCGUGCAUGGAUCGCACAACUUCCAAAGACUCGCAAGUUCCUUCUAGACCUGCAAUCAAUCCUUGAAGACUCAAUGGGUCAAAGCGUAGCUGAAGGAGGCCCCACCCAGCCCACUGCUGCCUUGCCGGUGGCGGCUCUGCUUCAAGCACCUCAUAUGCUAGAGAGCCAAGCUCCCACCGACUUGCCCAAUGGUGAACUGCCUACUACAGCCGUUUCGGCGAACUAUAUCGACGCCGCAUCAGCUGUUAAUGGGCCUCCCCACGCAUUUCCUGUGGAGAUAGAAGUGCUACCUGGCCUCCAAACACAAACCCUACCCGAUGGGCCCGCUUCCAUUGAUCCUACCCCGCUUAAUAUGACGCCGCUCUUCUCCCAAUUCAACCCUAACCCCGAAAUGACUUUCCAUUUCGAGAAUUCAAACCUUGUGUUGGACAGUAACGUGAUCCAGGAGGAUCUUGCUGGGCCUUCCAGAUCUCGCAUAGUCGAUCCAGAGGCAAUCGUUGCUGCAUUUGAAACUCCUGAUCGUCAACAAGAUAGGUGGUUGGAGACAAACUCAAAUGAGGAUGUUGUCUACUGGCUUCGAGGCCUGGCCCAGAGGUUAGGGUAUCUCCUUGUUCCUCUCUGAGUCGAUGUGGGCAGCGGUGGUUCUUCUGGACUGAGAAAUGUACUUGUGUGAUUGGUCUGCAUAUUACCAGUGGUCUUCCGACUCGUGUUUUCUGUGUUGUUUUGCCUUCCCCAUGCUAUGUGUAGAGUCGGUGAUCUCUUCUUCUCGCUAGAUGUGUGGCGAUGUUUGUUUCUACACCUCGUUGUUGCCUGAUGCCAGAAAGAUUCAUUGCUUUUCUUCUGGUUCGGUUCAGAGUCGGAGUGAAUGGUGGGGGGUGAUUAAAUUGUUACAAGAGGAGGGAAGAGUGUGGCAGAGGCUGGGAUCCUGGCAUCGGAGCUGGAUCAAAGCUGGAUGAUCGCAAAGCUAGUCC